GUUUAGUCCGGAGGCUCCUCUGUCUUGUGUUGUCUUCGUGUGGUCCGUGUACUCUUCCUCGGCCCGACGUCCUUCACCGGCCGGUCCCGCUCUCAGGGCCCGGGACACAGCCCGGGCAGCCGGGCUGAGCUCAGAGGAGGAACCGGUGUCUUGUCUUUGAUGCUAAUGCUAAUUAGCCUGCUGCGCUAACAAGGUUAGUUCAACUAGCUGCGUUAGUUUACAGCCGAAUAUUCAAGUGCCUUAAAUAUUUAAGUGACUUUGUUGAAGUCAUUUGAAGCUAAAUGUGUGGACGCGCAGAGGUUUAAGUGUAGCUUAAUGUUAAAGAAGCCUUUAAGUCCAGCGUCCUUACGGGGCUUCAAGCAGCUGCUCGGCUCCCUUAAAUCUGCAGCUUUUUGAAUGAAGUCUGGUUCACAUUGAGGACUCAUCCGGUCUCAAAACGAGGUAAAGAUAUACUUUUAAAAAACAUACUUAAUUGUGACUUCAUACAUCCAAGUGUUGGAACCUGAUCCAUAGGUGAACCGGGUUAUGAAGGUGUUGACUGGUCUACGGGGUCUACAGUUGAUUUAGACUCUAAUGAGGUUCUGAAUGCAGUCUAGUCUUCACAAAGCAUUUCAGUCCUCUUUAAAAUGGGUCCUCAGGCCACACCAGACCGGUCCACUACAGCGUGAACGCUGGUUAUCACAGAGCCGUAUUUGGUUCACUGGGGUCCAGAAGCAGGUGGACCCGGGUCAAAACCGCCAAAGGAGCUUUUUAAUGUAGUCUGAGAGAAAUUCCCCCGUCGGGUUUAAAUGUUCUCUGAUUCUGUUUCAAUGGGAUUAGUAUAAAGUUCUGGUUUGCAACCGGAAUCUUAAUGUGGUCUCUAGUUUGUUGGCUCUGUGCUGUUGUGGCCUAAUGGGUUCUGACUGUGGUCUGGCCUUGGUUCCAUAACGGUCUGCUGUAGUUUAGAACUGGUUUUAGAUUCAGCCCGACCCAGACUGGAUGCGGUCAGUCCAGGUCUAAGCGGGGGUUGUAGUCCCGGGCUCGGCCCGUGAUGGCGGAGCUCCACCAGACGCCCACCUCGCUGUGCUGCUGCCGUAAGCCCCUUUUGGCCUCCGGGCCCCGGUGCGAUGGGGACUCCCGGCCCUUGGCGGCUCCGGGACCCGGGACCCCACGGGGCCCCCUGGUGGAUGUGGCCUCGGCCUCUAACUUCCGCUCCUUCCGGCUGCGACACCUCCACCUCGAUCUGCGGCUCAACUUUGCCGUCAAGGAGAUGAGCGGAUGGCUGGUUCUGGACCUGGUCCCGGCCCAGAAGGGGGUCACCAGCCUGGUCCUGGACUCCCACCCCUCCCUCCUCAUCCACUCCAUAGACUGCAAGGACCCCGGAGCCGGACAAGAGGAGCCGAUCUCCCUCACCUACCGGGUGGACCCCUUCACGGACUACGGCUCCUCUCUGAACAUCAGCCUCCCCCCCGCCGCUGUGAAGCCAGGCCGGCUGAUCCAGAUCACGGUCCGCUACACCACCACGGACGGCCCAGCGAUCUGGUGGCUGGACUCUGAGCUGACCUGUGGUCAGUCCCGUCCUCUGGUCUUCACUCAGGGCCACUCGGUGUGCAACCGCUCCUUCUUCCCCUGCUUCGACACGCCGGCUGUGAAGAGCACGUACACGGCCACCGUGAGGGUUCCAGAAGGAGUGACUGUUCUGAUGAGUGCGUCUCUGAGCUCCUAUUCUACGCCGGACCGGGUCUUCCAGUUCUCCAUGGAGUUCCCUGUCCCCUCAUACCUGGUGGCCCUGGUGGCCGGGGAGCUGCAGCACGUGGACGUUGGCCCGCGGAGCCGUGUGUGGGCGGAGCCUUGUCUGCUCUCGUGUGCGGUGAAGAAGCUGGGGGGCAGCGUGGAGCGCUGGCUGGGUGUAGCAGAGGAGCUGUUUGGACCCUACCUUUGGGGCAGGUGUGACAUCGUGUUCCUGCCCCCCUCCUUCCCCAUCGUUGCCAUGGAGAACCCCUGCCUCACCUUCAUUAUAGCCUCCAUCUUGGAAAGCAGCGAGUUCCUGCUGAUCGACGUUGUGCAUGAGAUUGCUCACGGCUGGUUUGGCAACGCCGUCACCAACGCCACGUGGGAGGAGAUGUGGCUGAGUGAGGGCCUGGCCACCUACGCCCAAAGACGCAUCACCACCGAGGCCUAUGGUAAGAGUACUACCAGUACUACUCUUAGUACUACCUACGCCCAAAGACGCAUCACCACCGAGGCCUAUGGUAAGAGUACUACCAGUACUACUCUUAGUACUACCUACGCCCAAAGACGCAUCACCACCGAGGCCUAUGGUAAGAGUACUACCAGUACUACUCUUAGUACUACCUACGCCCAAAGACGCAUCACCACCGAGGCCUAUGGUAAGAGUACUACCAGUACUACUCUUAGUACUACCUACGCCCAAAGACGCAUCACCACCGAGGCCUAUGGUAAGAGUACUACCAGUACUACUCUUAGUACUACCUACGCCCAAAGACGCAUCACCACCGAGGCCUAUGGUAAGAGUACUACCAGUACUACUCUUAGUACUACCUACGCCCAAAGACGCAUCACCACCGAGGCCUAUGGUAAGAGUACUACCAGUACUACUCUUAGUACUACCUACGCCCAAAGACGCAUCACCACGGAGGCCUAUGGGAAGAGUACUACCAGUACUACUCUUAGUACUACCUACGCCCAAAGACGCAUCACCACCGAGGCCUAUGGUGAGGCGUUCACCUGUUUGGAGACUGCCGUACGAUUGGACGCUCUACACAAACAGCUCCGUCUCCUUGGAGACAACAACCCUGUUAGUAAGCUGCAGGUCAAGUUUGAGCCAGGAGUGAACCCCAGCUCUCUGAUGAAUCUCUUUACAUAUGAGAAAGGAUUCUGUUUUGUUUCUUAUCUUUCUGAGCUGAGUGGAGACGUGAGACGCUUCGACUGCUUCCUCAGGGACUACAUCUCAGAGUUUAAGUUUCAGAGCGUCGUGGCUCAGGACCUCAUCGAUUACUUCCUGCAGUACUUCCCUCAGCUGAUGGACGUCUCCCACAGAGAAGGUCUGGAGUUCGAGCGCUGGCUCAACGGGUCAGGACCCCCCCUGUUUGAGCCAGACUUGUCCGCGGCGGGGGCUCUGACCCAGCCCGUCCAGGACCUGUGUGACCUGUGGAGGGGCUGCCAGUCCCCCGACCCACAAGCCCUGGUGUCCUUUGACCUCUCAGCCUGGAGCACCUUUCAGAUCGUCCUGUUCCUUGACCGCAUGCUGGACCAGACGCCGCUGCCACGAGAUGUGAUGACCCGUCUGUCUGCAUGUUACGCGUCUGUCUUUGAUGGACUGAAUGCUGAGGUUCAGAUCCGCUGGCUUCAGAUGGUUGUGAGGAACUCCUUCCACCCCGAGCUGCCUCGAGUCCGAGCCUUCCUCCACAAGCACACGUCCAGGAUGUACACCGUGCCGCUGUAUGACGACCUGGUUGCCGGGGUGAUGAAGUGUGUUGCCGUGGAGGUUUUCAACCAGACUCAGCGGCGCCUACAUCCGAACCUCAGACGCACGUUACAGCAGAUCCUCUUCCAGACCAGCAGCGCCUCGACCAAUCAGAACGUCCCCAUUCUGUCCGCCGUGCCCCCCUCCGCCUCUUCCUCCCCCUUCUCGCAGCAAGUUGCCACGGCAGCCUCUGCUGGGACGACCGCCGCCAUUGCUCUGCGAGACGUCAACGUCUCCGCUUGAAGUUCAACGGCGCUGAGACUGGUCAUGUGACUGAUCAGGUUUUAAUGGACACCAGCUACAGCUCAAGUCAGACACAUCAUCAUGGACGAAUCCUCUGACUGGACGGCUCGUUCUGAUUGGAUGUCUGUUUUUGAGAGAGAUGUCAUCUUCAUCACUGUGAAGAACACUUUAUUUAUUGAUGUAUUACUUAAUGAUCUCAGAUAUUUGAACAAUUCUGCUUUAUUGACCUUUUUAACUGUUUGUUGGACAAAGUGUCAGAAGGGACUAGAACAUCAGCGAAGAAGUAAACUGCUCAGAUCAGUUCCCCCCCGAGGUCCAUCUUCAACUUCUACCUCCUGGUGCUGACUGAAGCCUGCAGACCUCGACUCCACAGCGACCCACCGAUUCUAGAAAGACUUCCACCAGAGUGGCCUUAACGCUGCAUUCACUGCCACCGGGAACUCUCACCUCCAGCAGCAAUAAGUUAUCUACGCUUUGAUCAGGAACCGCUCAAUAAACAAAUCAACGUUGUAUUUAUAUAUUUUCCGCACAAAUUAUUUGAAGCUGUAAUGUCUGACAGUUUGUAGCUGUCAGUGAAUGCCUGUUGUCAUGAAUGUUGGACUACAAAUAAACCAUUUGAACUACAAA